UUUUAGAAAGUUCUUUGCAGAAGACUAUUUGACAGAACGAGAGGACCAUGAUGACAACAAGAUUCAUCUGUUUAAUGCUAGCAGCUGUUGUGGGAGCCACUGCAAGCAAAACACAGGAAUUUGAAGGCAAUGACGAGGAAACAGAACAAGAAUUCAUUUAUAUGAACAGAUAUAAGCGUUCCAGUGACACGCAGGACAAAUGCACUUACACCUUUAUUGUACCUCAACAGAGAGUGACAGGUGCCAUUUGUGUUAAUUCUAAGGAGCCUGAAGUUCUACUUGAAAACCGGGUAAAUAAACAAGAAUUACAGUUACUUAACAAUGAACUUCUUAAACAAAAGAGACAAAUAGAAACCCUCCAGCAACUGGUAGAGGUGGAUGGUGGGAUUGUUAAUGAAGUCAAACUCUUAAGAAAAGAAAGCAGAAAUAUGAAUUCUCGUGUCACACAACUCUAUAUGCAGUUACUACAUGAAAUUAUUCGAAAACGUGACAACGCCUUAGAACUUUCUCAACUUGAGAAUAAGAUUUUGAACCAAACUGCAGAUAUGUUACAGCUUGCAAACAAAUACAAAGACUUAGAGCACAAGUACCAACAUUUGAUGUCAAUUGCCAAUAAUCAGUCAAUAAUAAUUGCCCAACUGGAAGAACACUGUCAAAGAAUGCCGUCCAUAAAGCCACUGCCACAAACUCCACAGCCACCAAAUAAAGUGUACCAGCCUCCAACUUACAAUCGCAUUAUUAACCAGAUAUCUACGAAUGAGAUUCAGAGUGAUCAAAACCUAAAGGUUCUGCCACCUACCUUACCAACCAUGCCUGCAGUUACUAGUAUUCCGACUUCAACUGAUAAACCAUCUGGGCCCUGGAGAGACUGUCUACAAGCAUUAGAAGAUGGCCAUGAUACAAGCUCCAUCUAUCUUGUAAAACCAGAAAACACAAACCAGCUUAUGCAGGUCUGGUGCGAUCAACGGCAUGAUCCUGGUGGCUGGACAGUCAUUCAGAGACGGCUCGAUGGGUCUGUCAACUUUUUCAGGAACUGGGAGACAUACAAGCAAGGUUUUGGUAAUAUAGAUGGAGAAUACUGGCUCGGAUUAGAAAAUAUUUAUUGGUUAACAAAUCAAGGCAACUACAAACUGCUCAUAACAAUGGAGGACUGGUCAGGUCGAAAAGUAUUUGCUGAGUAUGCUAGCUUCAGGCUGGAGCCAGAAAGCGAGUAUUACAAGUUGAGACUGGGACGCUACAACGGCAAUGCAGGAGACUCUUUCACUUGGCACAAUGGUAAACAGUUCACCACACUGGACCGGGACCAUGAUGUAUACACAGGUAACUGUGCUCAUUACCAGAAGGGAGGAUGGUGGUACAAUGCAUGUGCUCAUUCAAAUCUCAAUGGAGUUUGGUAUCGCGGAGGGCACUACCGCAGUCGGUAUCAGGAUGGUGUUUACUGGGCUGAAUUCCGUGGGGGAUCAUAUUCACUGAAGAAAGUUGUUAUGAUGAUAAGACCCAAUCCCAACACAUUCCACUGAAAUAAUUCUUCUUUUGGUUUGCUUUCUUGUUUUAAAAAUCACAUAAAGCUAUAAUGUUAUUUCCUGGAAUUAUCUUUUCAGAAGCGAGGAAUGUAAGAUAUUGUACAUUUAUUGCUAAGAUGUGAGGGCUUGUAUAUUGUAUUUUCAAGAAUCACUCCAGGAAAAAAAGCUGAAGAAAAAAGGAACUGAAAUGACAUAGCAUUCAGAACUCCUCUUGGCACUAAAAGUAGUUAUAUUAAGCCUUUUAGAACUGGCAGUUUAGAUGGACUGUAGAUAAACUUUCUGGUUUUUAUCGCCUGUAAAUGAAGUUUGGAUGCUAAAAAUACUGCCACAACAUUUAAAUAUUUUUGUAUGUUAUAUUAUGUAUAAAUAUUCUCCAAUACAGGAAAUAUUACAAACUGUACAGCAAGAGUAAUUAUUAUUAUUAUUGUUAUUAUUAUUAUUAUUAUUAGCAAUCAUUUGACACAGGAAAUCAUAUCCUUUGAACUGUGUAGCUGGUAUAUGUACAUUAGUGUGAUUAUUCUGAUUUAAUCUUUGUUAACUGCCAUGAAUAAAGUUAAUACUA